AGGAGGAGGAGGAGGGGAGCUCGUCCACCCCCCUCCGAAGGGGCCUUGGAGCGCCGGGGAAGGUACGGAAACAGAAGCUUUGGAUGAUAAGUGGAGGUACAGCCAUUAGCGCUGGACGUCAGAGACGGAGCUUCACUGGGAGACACCCCUGGGAGAGCGUGGGGCCUCCUACCAGCCAGCCGGCAGGCAGCUUUUCACCGCCUGCCCUUGCCAAUGAGGGAGCUCAGUCCUGCUUCCCUGCCUCUCUCUGAUCUGCCUGCACCUCCAGGACUGAUCUUGGCAAAUCUGCCCCCCCCAAAAUUCCUGCUGACGCUUGUCUGUUCCUGCCUUUUGUGAAGCAUGGCACCCACAGGACUCCGGGAAGAAUCUUAAACACUGAACCUCCACCACUGCUCCGGAGGGCACACUGUGUGGCUCGUCCACAUCCAGUUCCCUGUCAGCUCCGGGAGCUACUCACAUCCCAGCAAUGCCCUCAGCAGCCUUGAACCCAGCUGGAUGAGAUCACUCCUGAGGGGGAACCAAUCUUGCCACCCACCAAGAUCCCCACGCCGCCCCAGCAGACUCUAGGAUGUCUGUGCCUCAGAUCCAAGUAGAAGAAGUGGUUGGUGGGGAAGAAGAGCCAGCAGGAGCAGCCCUGCCUCCCGAUGACCACCUGCGGAGCCUGAAGGCCCUCACCGAGAAACUGAGGCUGGAGACCCGGAGGCCCUCCUACUUGGAAUGGCAAGCCAGGCUGGAAGAGCAGACAUGGCCCUUCCCGAGGCCAGCUGCUGAGCAGGGGGAGUGUGGGCAGGAGGAGCCCUCAUCCCCAAGGAGGGGGUCCAAGCAGCAUCCCCCACCUAACAGGCGUGCCAGCCAGGAUGCUGGGCCCCAGCCCACCGGCAAGCUGGAAGGCUUUGAAAGUAUUGACGAAGCUAUAGCCUGGCUCAGGAAGGAACUGAUGGAGAUGCGGCUGCAGGACCAGCAGCUGGCCAGACAGCUCAUGCGGCUGCGCAGUGACAUCAACAAGCUGAAGAUCGAGCAGACCUGUGACUUGCACCGGAGGAUGCUCAACGAUGCCACCUACGAGCUGGAGGAACGGGACGAGCUGUCCGAUCUCUUCUGCGACUCCCCGCUGGCCUCCUCCUUCAGUCUCUCCACCCCGCUCAAGCUCAUCGGAGUCACCAAGAUGAACAUCAACUCCCGGAGGUUCUCUCUGUGCUGAGAAGCCCUGGAAGGGGGCAGGGGGUGGGGUGCAGAGCAGAGUGUUUGGGAGGCGGGGAGGGGACGUGGCAAGGGAGUUGAGGCUGAGUUACCCUGAGUGGGUCUCCCAGAGGCAGGACUUCCCUGUGACUGGUGAACCUGGACCCUCAGACCCACAGCAGGUGCUCUCCCCGGGGGCUCCGGCUGUGGAGCCCAACAACCCCCUGACUGUCUGUGACCCAAAGUGUCCUGCAGAAGGGCCGCUCCAUCCAGAUGUUCAAUGAGACCUGGCUCCCAGCAUGACACAUCUCCAUCCUCCCCUCGCUCACCCAUAUUCCUGUUUCCCGGAAUCGCUGGUGCUAUGAUCUGGGAUCCCAAAGGGGGACCCCCAGAGCUGUAAUUCUGCAGAAAUCUUCCCCAAGGACACUGCACAUCCAGGGAGGAGGUGAUUAGGUGUGUCAGAUGAACCCAUCUCCUGUUGCUGUCCUCUUAAGUACAGGCUCAAGUUCACUGUAAACAGGUGACUUAGCAGCCCUAACAGGGACUCACCUGGAAAGGAAAACCAGAAGGUAUGACAAAGUGGGGGCUUGGGGACGCAGCCCCACGGCCCUGGCCAGCACCUCUGGGGAGCAGCUGGUCUGGGCGAUUGUCAGUCUUAGACCUUGGCACCACCAGCACCGUGUAAAUUGUUUCCAGCGCGUGCCAGGACACACCAGGGAAUGUAGGUGGAGCAAGCACAGAUGCCCUCUAUUGUCACCCUGGCCACACACAUCAAUCCCAGUCUCCAAAGAGCCCCUUGGGGAGUGCCUGAGAGAACCAGGCAAGUGUGUCGGUGGGUUUCCCACCACCGAAUUCUCCUGAUGGCGUCACUUUUGUCCCCUUCUUGCCCUCCCCAGAGAGACUCCACGGAGCUCAGGAGCUCACCCUGAGCCUCCUCUGACAUUCUGUGCCUAAUUUAAACGACUAAUUUUAAUUGAAUCAGACUGUUACUAAUCUGUUGCUAACUUGUUAACAACUGUUUGAUUUUUGUCCAAAUGGUGAUGCCAAUUGGGUAGCUCAAGUACAGUAGUUAAGGAUUUGACUGUAAAGGGUUGUCCCUGACAUAGGGCAUGAAGAUCAGCAAGGUGAGGGCUGACACCUCAACAGGGAGGAAAGUUAACCUGAUAGAAUGCUGCGUGGAGCAUGUUCUCCCGCCAGCUGGGGGUGAGGUGGCUUUGGACGUCACCUAGCCAAGCCUUCUUGUUCAUAAUGGAGUGAUGUGAAGCCAGGGAAGGAGAUGACUUUCCUCAGGUUUCAUAGCUCCUUAGUGGCUGUAGAAUAUCAACCUGUUAAAUCAUUAUUAAAAAUGCCUAGACCAAUCAUAUAUCAAUGAACCUGAACCCCAAAGAUGGUCCUAAUGCUUUGCCAAACCCACAAACUGCCAAGCCCUCUACUCUCCACCCUACAUGUACCUCUCACUUUGCAACUCAGAAUAGUUGGGUCAAAGUCAGAGCAAUGCCUGGAAAGUAGACCCGCAGUACAUGCAUUUACCAAUCACAUUUCCAUAGUCGAAGUAAGGUGUCCUGAUGUUCUUUCAUGUUUCAUCUUCCUGUUUAGUCUUACUGGGGCCUAUGCACACUUUUACACACACACACACACACACACACACACACACACACACACACACACCCUGACUCACAUUGGUUGUUUUUCUUUUGUGGGCUGGCAGUGGGAGGAUGUGAAUGAAUGGUCCCUAGUUAGAAAAGAACUUGGUCUCUUUUUUGUGAUUUCAAAGAGCCAGAGGGUUUAUGCUUCCUUCAAAGAAGGUACAGCACCACAGCUAAAAUUUGUUCUCAACCUGACUCUGAGCAGUGACUGUGGCCUAAGGCCCAGAGGACUGGUCCGCAGAAAAGACCUCAGUGCAACGUCAGGCCCCUUUGACAUGCUCCCCCUCAGGCAGGGAAGGAGAGGACUUUCUCUACCCAGCGCCCUCUCUCCUCAGGGAUUACAUCCAAGCACUGCCAAGUCCUGCAGAGGCGUUCCUGCCCGGCUUCUCUGAGAUGCCUCCUUGAGAGGGCAGGGCGGCAGGCUGGCCUGUGCACACCACUCACUCUCGAGAGGCACACACGUACACGUAUGAAAACCCACACCAAAAAGCCCGUUGCAUAUUCUGAAAGUAAUGCCAAACUGGUGUUUGGGGUUUUUUUUUUUUCUUUCUAGAAAUCAGUCAUUAUAGUAAUUGAAAAAAUUGGAUUCCACUAAAGCUGAGUGAUAUAGUUGAUUUUGUCAAUCCAAUGGAGUUGGCAUCCGCUGGGCAAUUUAUUGUUCGGGUCAUCUAAUGGUCCCUUCCCAUCUUUGUUCUCUGAGAGGAAGCCCAGAUCAAGAAACACUUUUUCUGAAUAGAUUAGAUGUCUCCUCUCUUUUGCUUAGCUCACCCCAAGAGAAUUUAAUCUGGGGGCGAGGAUGGUGGAGAAAGGGGAGGGGACCAGAGAUGACAGCAGAGGGGGACAGACCGGGAGCGUCCCCUGACUCAUCAUCCAGUGUCCGGGAGUUCCCUUAGUCCCACAGGAAACACAAUUAACUCACCCGGUCUGCAGCUGUGUGAAGUCCCUGCCUGGUUGGGGGGAUCAAGAGAUGUCUGUGGAUCACCUGCAACCUAACCUGUGCCAUCGCCAGCAUCCUGGGGCCACCUUCUGGUGUCCCACGUGUACACAGUACUAUUUGCAGUCUGACUCAUUAUCUACCCUCCUCUGUGUCAUCCCCAAGGACCCUGAGUGUAAACCACGAGGUCUCCACUGACACUGCCGUUACAUAGCAGUGUGUGAUGCCUUCACGGACUCAGCAGAGAUCACAGAGGCCCGGAGAGCCUGGGGAGGCUAGAGAGGGCCUGAUCCGGCCCCAGGCCUCCUCCCUGUAGCAAUACCAAGUGCUAUUACAUAAUCGAUGGACAAUUUAUAAUCUUAUUUUUUAUUAUUAUUUGUUUCUAUAUUGCUGUUAGAAAAAGUUAAAUAAAAAUAUUUCAAAAGAAGA